AAGCCGACGGAAGGGAAAUGUUCGGGUCUGCAGGAGGAGGCUGUACCGAGUGACGAGGCCAGCGCAGAAAAACCACAGGAGAAGCUGGACGCCUCUGAACCAGAACGGGACUGGGGCUGCAGCGGUGUGAGUCCCACAGCCCAGCUGCAAAGCAAGGAAGAGCUGAGCUCUGUGGGGGAAGGCGAGGCAGCAAGCCCCCCAGACCUUGGGGCUGGUGCUGAUAAAUGGACUGGAGAGGGGUGCAGCGCCCCAGCAGAGAGCGAGGACUGGCAGAAGGAUGGCAGCGUAUCCCCUGUGUGGGACAGCACUGUCCCAGAGACAGAGCUCCACGAAGCCUGCCCGGAAAUUCCACUUGAGGACAUAAAGGACCUUCCUCGAACUCGGGCUGGUCUCCAGGCUUACAGAAAUCACUUGGUCAUGGAGCUGCUGUGGUUGCAACAAGCUAUCGUCAGCCGUAAAAACUACUUGAUGCUGAAGAAGAGGCUGGGGACUCCUGGCCCAUAG